AUGACCAAGCGCUGGCAACAGCAGUGGCGCGAUGACGGUCAAGUUGACCACUUCGGUCGCAGUAGCAUGAGGGACGAACGAGCGAAGAUUCGGUAUACGCCAUCGCCGCAAACUUCGAACGGCUGGCCGACUUGAGUUUUUCUGCUUGGGUCGGUAGCUCCUCCUGGAAUAAGAGUGCCCGCGUGAAUGAGGCAAGUGUCGUGACGUGCACUUUCACUGUCCGUCGUCCAGUUGUCCGACAACUUCAACGUGGUCGAUGAGCCAUGCCGCCGGACUCGACAAAAGCUCGCAACAGGUACCUUCGAGUCGAAGUUUCGGACGGCACUUCAACG